AGACCGCUCGGCUUUCCUGCGCCAGCAGCGGUGUGUCACCGAGGCUGUACCGGAGAGACUCGGACUGAGGGCAGAUACUCAUCCACUUCGCCCAAACUGGCAUCACAGCGGGGCUGAGGGGCUGUCCCGACCAGUUGAAAACGGAUUACCGUUUAGGUGGGAUCCUACGGCUCGCUCUGUCACCACCGCCCAUCCUCCUGAUGUCGGAUUUCAAGCUUGGGAUCGUACGGCUCGGCCGUGUGGCCGGGAAGACAAAAUACACACUGAUUGAUGAGCAGGACAUACCGCUUGUGGAAAACUACGCAUUUGAGGCACGCAUGGAGGUAGAUGCGGAUGGCAACGGAGCCAAGAUCUUUGCCUAUGCUUUUGACAUCGGCAAGGGUCGCUGGGCAGGAAGGCCGUUGCACGAGCUGCUUUGGGAGAAGCACAGAGGAGGCAUUGCUCCUAGUUUUCAAGUCAUCCACAUCAACUCUGUGACAGUGGACAACCGGCUAGACAACCUGCGACUAGUGCCGGUAGGCUGGAGCCCCAAGCCUGAGGAGAUUUCCAGCAAGCAGAGAGAGCAAUCUCUGUACUGGCUGGCCAUCCAACAGGUACCGGCUGACCCAGUGGAAGAGCAGUACCUGGAGCUGAGCCGCACACGCUACUACAACGCUAACGGGGAGCUGGUGGAGGAGGAGGAGUGCUCCUGCACCUACUACGAGUGUCACUAUCCCCCUUGUUCGCUCAUCGAGAGGAGGCUUCGAGAGUUCAACAUCUGCGGUCGCUGCCAGGUGGCGCGCUACUGUGGAUCGCAGUGCCAGCAGAGGGACUGGCCCGCCCACAAGAAGCAGUGUCGCGAGCGUAAGCGGGUGCUGGCUCUGGAGUCGGAGCCCGAACGAUGAUCUGCCCUCAUCAUCCUCGCCUGUGAGAGGGGGAGGAGGAAGAGGAGGGAGAGAAGGCCAUGGUGUGUGUGUGUGUACGGUGGGGGAGGGGUGCAAGGCUAGACUUUGCGUGAAGGGGAAUCUGGGAUGAAGAGUAAAACGUGGGGGAAAAUUAUUGACAAGAGACUUGAUGACGGAGGACAAUGUUGGUUGCUUGAUCGUUGUCGGGGUGAGAGGAUGGCGUAGGGGAUGGAGAAUAAAGCAAAAAGACAUCUACCACUUCCCAGAACUGGUAAUCUCCAUAGCUUGCUUUCAUGUGGAUGACAGGGAACGGUAUUAUUAUUAGUUUUUUUGUCUUUAUUUUUCUCGAGGGGAAGAGACGCCCUCGAGCUCUACCUGCUGCUAUGGUUUUUGUAUGCGACUGGGGGGGAUGAAAUAUUGUCUUGCUGAUGAACUGGACAAGCAUCUUUGGACCACAGUCGAACAGACAAGUUGUCAUCAUCCACUUUUUUCCCUCCUUCCCUCCCAACAUCCAACAGCCACAAGGUGUGAUCAUGUUUGGGGGGGGGGGGCUACAGUACCCACUGGACAUGGACCUUUUCACUGUAUCACUCCCUGUCUGACCUCUGCACACAGCUGCCGCCAUCAUGGUCGUUGACACCUUCAGCUGCCGCCGCCGCCUCCUUGUUUGUUCCCACCAUGACACACAUGAGAUAGAUUUCACUGAUUGAAUCACACUACCAGUAUUGAGUGUGUAUGUGCGAGUGUGUGAAUGUAUGUAUGUGUAUGUGCUGCCAAUAUGUUCUGAAGGAUGUUAAAAUGAUCAACAUGGGUAAUGGGGCCGGGUUCACAUUUGUGUUUUCUCUUCUUAAAGGGGCCAUAUGACACUGUUUUUAAAUAUUUAAUCAGAAAUUGUUGGGUUUAAGAAGAUUUUCACCUAUUCUAUAAUAAAAGUAGCUGCCAAAAUAAAGGCUUUAAGUUUUUCAAGACUUUUUUCUUUUUUUUUGUUUUUGACCCAACAUAAAACAUUUUUUCUUCAUCAAUUCGUUGCUGUUAAGACAUGGUACAGGAAAUAAGAGACAAGAACUCUGACCCUGUUCAGACCUUAACAUCCAUCCUGAGAUACCAGACUUCAGGUAUCCAGUGUGUCUCUGCACACCUGGUUUAAAAACAAAUCUGUGUAUCAAGUGAUUAAUUGAGAUGGGACUUCCUUGCUUCAUAUUCUAAUAAAUGAUCUCAUUCAUAGUGUGAAAUGUUUGUCUUAAAUUGGAUGGGCUGGACUAGAAUGGCAGCAACUUUUUAGGUUCUUUGCUCCUUGAGGUUCUAGCUGUAUUUUUCAACUUUCUGACAUGAAUUUGUCAUUGGAAACUGUUUGUGGAAAUGGAAAAUUCAGGGGAAAAAAAUCUGAAUAUUUCAAAAAUAAUUUCCCUCCCUUUAGGUGAAAACAUUUAUAGUAAAACUGUAGAUUGAUGAAGAGCCUGAAUUAAUUCCUGUUCCAUUUGCCAAUUAGAGCCCUGGGUUAUGCGGUGUACAGUGCUGGCUACUGGUGAUUAUUUGUUCCAAACCAGUUUAUGGAAAUGCACAUUCAAAUUUGACAUUUUGUGUAAACGCAGCUACUGUAAAUGAGUCAGUAAACCUUAAAUAUGUAACACUGAUCAUUCACAAUGGAUAUUUGAAUAUUGGAGAACUUACAACAUGUUUCUGAAUUUCUACCAGAUUAUAAGAACCAUGGAAAUAAAAUGUUGUUCCUUUGCUCCUGGGCUGCACAUACAAUCUACUGCUGUUAUGGUUAUGUGGGUUUUGUGAGAUUUUUGGACAUAUUUAAAGCCUUUGUAUGUGAAUAUAUGGUAAUGAGUGUCCAGUCUUUCAGUCUGGCCCAGGUCUCUUUCCUGUUCAGACUAAGAACGUCAAUACCUGCCUUCAGACCAGUGAAGUCUGAGUGUGUUCACACAUGGAAUUAGUUUAAGGAUUUCUCAGAACAGAUGAUAAUGCCAGGUCUGAACAGGGCCAGAGUGAUUCUAGUGUUAUUUUGGUACUUUGACACUUAAAAAAAAAAUAUCACAUCUGAAAAUUAUCCUGGAAUAAAGUGCUUUCUGUUUUGAAGGUCUGCAGAUAACAAAUAAGAGAAUUUUUCUUUCUUUCUUUUUUUUUUUUUUUUUUUAACCAAAGUUGGUUUCAGCCUACUGUAGUGAUCUCUCCUUGUGUUUAUUUAAUUUUCUGCAUUUUAACACUUGUUAAUUUCAUUGAUAUUUUCUGCAUUUGUAGGUUUAACGGUAUGUAUGUAUGUAUGUAUGUAGGGUUUUUGGGGGGAGGGUUGGUUUCAGUUUCUUGUGUUGAGGUUUGCUCUAAGGGUUAUUUUUGAAGAAAAUUUAUCAAUGGAUCUAUUUAUUUAAAAACAUUUGAUUGUGUUUCUUUUUGUCCUGCGACUUGUUGAUGUGUGAAGGCAAACUUUAGGAAAAGUAGUGGAUGAUAUGGGACCUUUUUAUGGGACGUCUUCUGGGGUAAGGGGGGUGCUGACCUGAACAUUUCACCCCUAUUACUUGAUCAUUUUUUCCCCCACCCCUUUUACUGUUGCCCCACUGAGAUUUUUCCAACUUUGUCACUAAAUUCUUCCACGUGAGACGUAUUUGGAGUGUAAAAACUUGAAUUCCUCCUUCUUUACACACAGGUUUGAUUCUCGCAAGUGGUUUCUAUGAACUGAACCGGUUUCCUUCGACACGGCAGUCCCAGUCAAAUUGUUCUGUGUCAACUUGAUCCUCAAUCGCCUGCCUUCCUUGUAUUACCUAUAAUGCACACUUGCUUAACGUGUCCUCUUGUGUCUUAGGUGACGAGUCCAGACACUUACUAAGCAUGUGAUUCACAGAUGUACAUGCGACUUGUUGAUUGUUGAUUUUUUUUUUUUUUUUUUUUUGUAUGUGUGUGAACAGGUUUUCAACACUGCACUAAGACUUGGCUCCCAUUUCAGUGUAUUUGUCCUAGUGGGGGUGAAGGGAGGGGUGUGAAUUGGACAGAGUGUACAGAUUGUGUCUGAAAUCCUUUUUUUUUUUUUUGUUUUGUAAGAAUAUAAGCAUUAAUCACCUAGAAAUAAAGAGCUACAAUAUGUGAAUGAUGGUAAAGUACAGUUGGGGAGAUCUGACAGUUGCUUUUCCAAUGUAAAAUGGUAAUAAAUAAAAAUGAACCUCA